CGAGCUGAGUCACGCCGGGCGCAGAGGAAUAAGGGGAUCCGGGAGCUGCGGCUGCUGCGGGAGCACGAGCCCGGGAGCUCCAGAUGGGGCAGUCGAGGAAGCGGACCCUUCUAGGACCUGGCUUGUCCAGGGUCGCAUAGGGAGUCACUGACCAAACCAGGAGGCCAACUCCACCCUUGUGGCUUUGUGGCCAUUGGGCCUUCCCCUGCUGAGGACUCAGAAAGCUUGGUGUCCAGGCCAGGAUGGGAUCUCAGAUCUCCGUGGAUGCUUCCGUGCAUGUGGUCGUUGUUGGAGGCGGCUUCGGUGGGAUUGCGGCUGCCAGCCAGCUCCAGUCCUGGGGUGUCCCCUUCACGCUGGUGGACAUGAGAGACUCUUUCCAUCACAACGUGGCAGCCCUCCGGGCCUCUGUCCAGAGUGGAUUCGCCAAGAAGACGUUCAUUUCAUUUGCAAAGACCUUUGGGGACAGUUUCCGGCAAGACUUGGUGGUGGGCCUGGACCUGGAAAAGCAGAAUGUCCUGCUCCAGGGGGGUGAGGCCCUUUCCUACUCUCAUCUCAUCCUGGCUACGGGCAGCACUGGGCCCUUCCCGGGGAAGUUUAACCAGAUUUCAAACCUGCAGUCGGCCAUCGAGGCCUACGAAGUGAUGGUGAAGCAGACUCCCCAGCGCCCUAGCGGAAGCCUCCCUGAACAAAUCUAUACAGUCAAGCAGAACAAAUCAGCUCAUUGUCCGUGUCUGAAAAUGUAUGCCUCAUUCUGCCCCCGUCGUCCACCACCUCUCUGCUGGCAGGUCCAGAACUCCCAGCAUAUUGUGGUGGUGGGAGGAGGCUCAGCAGGUGUGGAGAUGGCCGCGGAACUUAAAACUGAUUAUCCUGAGAAAGAGGUCACUCUCAUUCAUUCCAAAGUCCCGCUGGCUGACCCAGAGCUCCUUCCUUGUGUUCGGCAGGAAGUGAAAGAGAUUCUCCUCCAGAAAGGGGUGGAACUUCUGCUGAGUGAGCGAGUUAGCAACCUGGAGGAGCUGCCUCUCAACGAGUGUCGUGACAGCAUCCAGGUGAAGACGGACAAGGGGACUCAGCUGGCGGCCAACCUGGUGAUUCUCUGCAAUGGGAUUAAGAUCAACUCCUCCGCCUACAGCAGCGCCCUGGGUGAUCAAAUGGCUGAUAAUGGCGCCUUAAUGGUUAAUGAUCACCUCCAGGUGCAGGGAUUUAGUAAUAUCUAUGCCAUUGGGGACUGUGCUAAUGUGAAGGAACCCAAGAUGGCGUACCAUGCUGGACUACAUGCCAAUGUUGUUGUGACCAACAUUGUCAACAGUUUGAAGCAGAAGCCACUCAAGACCUACAAGCCAGGUGCACUGACGUUUCUGCUGUCUAUGGGAAGAAAUGAUGGUGUGGGCCAGAUUAGCGGCUUCUACGUCGGACGGCUCGUGGUCAGGUUUGCCAAGAGCCGGGACCUGUUUGUCUCCACAAGCUGGAAAACGAUGAGGCAGACGGCACCCUCAUAGAGAGUAAGGGGAAAGAAGAAAAGGUAAAGAAACCAAUUAAUCAGUGGAUUGAAAAAAAAAGGAAGAUAAAAAAGAUGGACAGAAAACAUCAGAUGGACUGAGAUAGCAGAAGGAAGCAAUUCCUCUCUAGGCUCAUGAUUGUUUUGAUGUAUCGACAGGAUUGCUUGUUAGAUUUCUGGCAUCUCCUGAAGGUGCUGUCUAGCACACGAGAGGAAGCAUUAGAAAAAUAUUUCCUAAAAGGGUCAUUUUUAGGUUGGACAAAGUCAUUCACUUGCUUGGUCUCAGGUGAGGGUAUCCAGUCACCCGUGGCUAGCCGAUCCCUUGGGAAGUGGGCAUCCUGAACCAUCUGACUAGGGAUAGAAAAGCAGACAAGUCUCAAGGCAUGCCCCGGGCCUUCUGUUAUUGCGGUAGCAAAGGGGGAGAGAAUGUACUCUAGGUUUCCUGCGAAGAGGUACAGGUGAAAUUCCAAGGCAUGUCCUCUGACUCUGACUUUUAUCACUUUGCCUCCCGUUAGUGGGAAAUGAGUGAAAGAGUGGGAGUAGAUGGGUGGGUUCAGCCCCUCUCCCCUUCUAAAGGCAGACAGCGUGCUAGUCUGGGUAUCCCUGGGGGAGAUGAGGCUCAUCUGCUGGACAGACUUCAGGUGAAUGAACAUGGUGUUCAUUGUUUAGCAGCCAGACUUAAGUUGUCCUUAACUUUCAAUUAGUGCUAGACAAGCCAUAAACUUAUUGAAAUGAUGAAACUUUUCACGUCUCUACUUUUAGCUCCUCUCUCUGUAAUAUCAGAUAAAUUUUAGGAGGGCAAAAUGUCUUAAGGUCAAAUUACCAGCUAGAUUAAUCCAUCAAGAAAGGAUGCUCUCUUCCCAGCCUCUUAACUUUCAGAUAAUUAGGAAAACGGAACAGUAGUAGUAUACCCUUUGCUACAUUACUGUACUACUGCUAGUACUUAAGACUUCCAAAGAUCUGUGAUUUUAUCGAUGUGAGUAUUUUUUCCCCACACUGAUCCCAACCCUUCCCCAUGUCUGCCUUAGAAUAAUUUGGCGAGUUACUUUGGUCAUAAAAUGCUCCCCCUGGUGGCCAGCUUUUUGGUUGAAAUGCCAUCUCACUUCUUCGCUCAGGUGGGUCCUGGGACCCGUGUUCAUCACCAGCUCCUCAAACUCAAAAGUAUUUCCCUUUUUGUAGGACCUUCCAGAGCUUGAAUUCUGUUGGGGUAACUGCCUGAGACUCCAUGGUCAAUUCCACAUCUUAAAGAGACAUGGGAGGAGGAGUGUAAGGGAGGCAUGUUUAAUAUUAGAGAAGCACAGGUCUGCUGAUCCCCUCAACAAAACGGUUCUUGACAUAUUAAAUACUUACCUGCCUCUGGAUGGAGGGUCUUUGACCAUCCUGGUGUGGCUAAGGGUCAGCUUGAUGAAAUGAGCCAGCAGUGAAGGUUUGUUGCAAAUCCUGUGCUCACGUCCCCCCAGUAGUUAGCUUUGGUUUCCUGGCUAACACUGGGACAUCAUAAGCCAGAAUUCUAAGCCAAUGUGAGGAGUGGAAAGAGCACUGGAUUUGGAGUGAGGAGACUUGGGAUCAAACAUGGACUCCUGUCUUCCCGGCUCUAAAUCUCAUGUUACUCAUGCGCUUGGGUUAUUUUCCUUUAGCAGACCCACCAUCAACUUACUUUAAGGCGCUGUUAUUGACCUGUGUUUUCAGGUGUGGUUUUCUAUCCCUCACUUGUCUUUCAGAAUCCUUUCUGUCAAGGCUAGAUGGGAAGAGAAUUAGGCCACUGAUAUUAACUUAUAAUUGGCUCAAAUUCAAAGGAAACUUCUUAGUUUAGACUUCUUUUGGUUGCUUCUCCUUUGCCGAAGGCAUGGAGUGCCGACCUAGUCAAAUUAACUUGCUUGGGCCGGUAACUUCUCAGUAAUUGCCCUAACCAUUGCACUACCCUGUGGAGGUUCAGAACCAUUCUUAGAGGAGGACCUGCUUCUUCUCCCCUAAUUUCCAGACCUGUAAUGUGACUCUUUCCCUACGAGAAUAGCUGCUCACUUGAGGAGGCAGCCCACGAUAGUAACAGGCUCUACCUGAGAUCCGUAGGCCCACGGAAUCUUAGAGCUGAAAGGGACCUUAGUUGGCAUCUGGUUCAACCUUCUCAUUUUAUAGAUGGGGAGAUUGAGACUCAGAAGUGAAAUGACUUGUCCAAGCUGGCAGAGAAGAAAGCCGUGGGUCCCCCCCCUUUUUUAACCAUAUCCCACUCCAUAGAAGGUAUAAAAAGUAGGGUGGGGAGCUUUGCUGUACCAAUAGGCUUGGGAGGUGGGAGCCUAACUCUGGGUCUGGGCUGGCAUUGGUCCUACACCAUCGAGGGAGCAGGCUGUGUCCUUAUCUUAUUCCAGGCAUAUGUCAACACAAUGAAAUGACUUUAAUUUUGGGAAAUAAAAAAUCUGUUGCGAUAGAAUUGAGUAUCAUAA